GGGAGCGGUGGUGGAAUACAGGCACACGCCUCACAGUCAUCCAGGGAGCAAAACGGCAGUUGGCACUGCUCCGGGGCACAUGUGGGUCCUGGAGCCAGGCUGUAUGGCCUCGGGAGAGUCUUUGCCACACCUGUACCCUGCCCCACACCCCCAGCUUGCAGCCAGGCCGGCGGAGACCCCAGCAUCACAGGCCUGCGGCAAGGGUGUGAGCAAGUCAGCUACCAUAACGGCAGCAGAAAACCCAUCUGGGGAAACCUUCGGCGCUAAGACGCGCACUAUUAUCAUCUGCUUCUGCUGGCCUGUUACUGUUGUCACCCCUUCCACGGGUGGGGAAGCCGAGGCUCAGAGCUUCAGGUUCCCGCCGCGGGGCCUGGGCCUAUCCUCUCCCAGUGCCCCCCAGUCCACACCUGGCCCCAAGCCCCAGCCAGCGUGAUCUCAGCGUGGCCCAGCCGGACAUUCGCCUGACGCAACGGUCGCGCCACCGCCAGGCCCUUGCACAACACGGGGCACGCAGCUGGCCGGUUAACGAUUGACCGGGGGUUAUUGGGGUGUCAGGGCAUAAAAGGGGGCGGCAGUGGCGCCGUGGCCGCACCCUCAGAGCCUCAGCCAUGCCCGUGCUCGCACUGUGCCUGCUGUGUGCCCUGGCCACCGAGCCCUGGCCCUCGUCUGCAGCUCCCGUGGGGAGCCUGGAGCCAGCACAACAUGAGGAGCUGACCCUACUCUUCCACGGGACCCUGCAGCUGGGUCAGGCCCUCAACAGCGUAUACAGGGCCACAGAGGCACGGCUGACAAAGGCUGGGCACAGCGUGGGCCUCUAUGGCCACGCACUGGGGCUUCUGGGGCAGGAGGUCAGCCGGGGCCGGGAUGCAGCCCAGGAGCUACGCACAAGCCUGUUGGAGAUGCAGAUGGAAGAGGAUGCCCUAAAGCUCCAAGCAGAGGCCACGGCCCAGGCUCUAGGGGAGGCGGCACAGGGGCAGCGGGCGCUGCGGGAGAGCAUGCUGCGGCUGGAAGGUCAGCUGAGGGGCGCUUGGCUGGGCCAUGCCCAACAAGAAUUUGAGGCCUUGAAGGCCCACGCUGACAAGCAGAGCCACAUCGUGUGGGCCCUCACAGGCCACGUGCAGCGACAGAGGCAGGAACUGGCAGCACAGCAGCACCGGCUGCGUCAGAUCCAGGAGAGACUCCACACGGCGGCACUUCCAGCCUGAGCCUGCCUGCGUGGAACUGAGAACCAGUCACACACCGAGGGACGCUUCCUUCCGUGCCCCAUGUGGCCCCUGCGCAAGGAGCUGCCUGUCCACUGGGGUCGGCCAGGGUGCUUCUGGCCACGGAGCAGAGACAGAAACAGGCGGGGACACAGGCAGAGGACAUGGCCCCGUCGUGGAGGGGUGGAGGCAGGACAUGUGAUCCUUCAUGCUUACACACCGCCGCGCCCCCCCCCCAUUAAAGCGGAGUAGUGCCAUCUCA